AUGGUCGCGCUGCAAACUUGUAAAUGGCCUCAUGAAAUCGAGUCGUCGGUCGCGGCACCGCGUCUGUUCCGUGCCGGAGUCAUGGACUGGCACACUCUGGCACUCAAGCUUGCGCCGCACAUCGUCGCCAGUGCCCACCCCGUCGAGGGCGAAGGUGGAAUCGGCAGCGUUAGGCAGUUUAACUUUACCUCAGCCAUGCCCUUUACCCUGAUGAAGGAGAGGCUCGAGUACCUGGACGUGGAGAAGUGCAAGUGCAAGUCGACCCUCGUCGAAGGCGGCGGCAUGGGCGUUGCGAUUGAAACGGCGACGUCACACAUCAAGGUGGAUCCGGCGGCCGACGGCAGGAGCAUCGCGAAGGUGGACUCAACGUACAAGCUGCUGCCGGGCGUGGAGGACGUGCACAUCAAGGUGUGGACUUGA